GAUAAACAGCGAACUCGCUGCCGUUACUCGGUAAAGAAAUCGCGGCUGUCUAAAAAGAAUAUAGCUUAUUGCUGGUACAUACUCAAUCCGUUCCCUCACAAAAAGCUAUAUUUCAAGAAUGGAUAUUAAAAAAGUACUCGUUGCUGACGCGGUAGAUGCUGCUUGUGUGGAACUCUUGCAGCAAAAUUCUUUUGAAGUGGAUUGCAAGUAUAAAUUGCCUAAAGACCAAUUAAUUGCAGAAAUCCCGAACUAUGACGGACUUAUAGUAAGAUCUGACACAAAGGUGACUGAAGAUGUUAUUAAGGCUGCUACAAAACUAAAAGUCAUAGGAAGGGCUGGUGCUGGUGUAGAUAACAUAGAUGUGAAUGCUGCUACUUCCAAAAACGUCCUUGUUUUAAAUACUCCCGGUGGGAAUGCAAUCAGUGCCUGUGAAUUAACAUGCUCUUUAAUAACAAGUCUUGCUAGGAAUGUAGUACCAGCAGCAGCCUCCUUAAAAGCUGGAAAAUGGGACCGUAAGCUCUAUACUGGUCAUGAACUCUAUGGCAAAACUUUAGCAAUUUUAGGAUUGGGCAGAAUAGGAAGAGAGGUGGCUAUAAGAAUGCAAGCGUGGGGUAUGAAGACAGUUGGUUAUGAUCCUAUCGUGUCUUCAGAGGAUGCGAAGAAGUUCAAUGUAGAGUUUCUAACUUUAGAACAAAUAUGGCCCAUUGCUGAUUAUAUUACUGUACACACACCACUUAUACCUGAGACAAGAAAUUUAAUUUGCGAGGCGGUAUUGAAUAAAUGUAAAAAGGGUGUGCGAAUUGUGAAUGUGGCAAGAGGAGGUAUCAUCAAUGAAAAGGAAUUACUAAAAGCUUUAAAAUCAGGUCAGUGUGGAGGAGCGGCUAUCGACGUAUUUGAACAAGAACCACCAACUAAUCCUGUAACUUUGGAACUAAUUCAACAAGAAAAAGUUAUCGCCACUCCACAUCUAGGUGCAAGUACUACAGAAGCCCAAAUUCGUGUUGCAGUUGAAAUAUCUGAACAGUUUAUUGCUCUUACUGGAAAAAAUCCAAAAUAUAGCACCACUUCAGGUGUAAUAAACAGAAGUGUUUUGGAAAACUUGAAAAACAAUUGAAAUAUUAUUGGAAACUAUCCUGCUUUGUUUUUUAUUGUCAUAUUAGGCAGUAUUUAAUUUUUUUAAA